AUGAACAACCACAACCGGAGUGACAAUAAUAACUAUUCCCGGCCCCAUUCCUCAAGGAGGAGCUUGGUUCGUUACAAUUCCGCUCUCAGAAGGAGGGAGGCUGGCAAGGGACAUCAGCCGUUCAAAGAAUUGCGAAGAAUAGAAAAAAGGGUCUGUAAACCAUUAAGCUCGUCUAGCACGCAUUGGGAUUCUAAGCACAAUGAAAGUAGCUCCGAAACCCUUUCUUGGGCACAAUCCUUCAUAAACAGGGGUAGAAAUUUAUUGAAGUCAAUGAAUGAAGAGGAGCUUAAGUUCGAGAAGAGUAUUGAAGAGCAGAGAAAAAGAUCACAAGUUCGCGAAAAAUACGUCAACUCGCUUUUAAAAGAGUCAGAUGAGGCCAAAUCUGCAAGUCUGGAGCCCAGCAAUAGCCGGGACGAAUCUGAGCGGUAUGGCACGGAUACAUCGUUCAAGAAUUACGAGGACACGCUAAACAACAGUUUGGCUUUCACUGAUAAGGCUAAUUCAUCAGCAGUUUCGAGUUUGAGUUCUCAGUCCAGGGAGAGCUCAGGUUCAGCUCUUUCAGCAUCUCAACCCGAUAACGGCAUUGCAAGUGAGAGGCAAAACGACGCCCGGAUUACUGAGGAUGAUAACGUAGUAAUAAUGCUUAGCGACAAGGAGAGUGAGUACUCCGAUCCAUCUUCUGCGGGGUCGAGACAAUAUGAUGGCCCUGAGGACGCUGAAGACGCGGUACAAUACCCUAAGGAAGCAAGAGACGACUUAGAGGAUGAUAACAACAGCUUUGGUGGAACACAAGGUUCAAGUGGAGUCGAGGUAACAGUAGAUUUAACCAGUGAAGAAGAAAACCUGGACCAAGACGAAAAUGUGAGCGGAUAUGAGGAUGAAAACGAAAUUGAAGAUGAAGAUGAGAAUCAGGAUCAGGAUCAGGAUCAGAAUGAAGAUGAAGAUGAAAAUGAAAACGAGAAAGAAGAGGAAGAGAAAGAGAAAAAGGAAAACGGGGGCGAAGAUGAUGAUGAAGAAGUUGACGAAUUCGAAAUUGAAGAAGUUACUGGAAAUGAGACUGAAAACGAAAAUGGAGAGUUCUCUGACCCUAAAUCAACUGGAGGCUUUAUGCAAGCAGAAAGGAUUGAGACAGAAGAUGCGGACAUGGUUCAAGACGAGUACGAAGAAAGAAAUCAAUACAGAACGAAUGAUGAAAAUGACCUAAAAAACACUGAUAGCGAUUUUGAUACAGACAACGAUCAAGAAGGACAUCAAUCUACCGAUUUUGGUGAUCAAGACAACCACGAAAUACCUGUAUUAAGCGCGACACUACCGGAAGACGAUGAGGUGAAUGAGGCCUACAGCUAUGAGGAUAUCGCAUGUCGUGCCAUAAACCAAGUUGGUAGGAAGCAAGAGGCAGAAGCCGAGUCUUCCCUUUCAAUUGGUGUCAGCAAUGGACUAGGGCCACACUCAUAUCACGAGUUGGAGGAUAUUAGUGAUCCGAAUUGUGCACCCCAGAACGACCAAGUUCGUAGUAGCGCGUCCAGAGAGAAUGCUGAUAGCAAACCUGGAGCUAUAGCGAACGAAUACGUUCUUGAGAAUUUGGAUGGCGAAAAAGCUCGCCUCCACGAAGAUCAAGGAGUUGAUUCAACAGUGAUGAUUUCAGAUGAUGAAAACAUUAGUGAGAGUUUGCACCUCGAACAAGAAGGGAAAAAUGGAACGUCGAAUGUCGAUUUUGUUGAACACCCAUUUCAUCUGCGUACUACCGACGCUGGCGAACAAUCUUCGUUCAUAAACGAUUCAGCGUACUUCUCGUGUAAUACCGAGAAUUUUGAUAUAAAAGCUACGGACAUCUUGAAAGGACAAAAUCAGAAGCCUGACAAUUAUGGUAGUGAAAGCAACACCCCAAAAUCUGGAAGAUACGCUUUAGUAUAUUUGGAUUCAUACUAUAACAGUUCAGACGAGAAUGAAAGUGCAUCCAAAAUAAACGAAACUGCCAUUGAAAAAUACAUUUCUCCGUUUGAUACUGAUCCAUUCCAGCGAGAUGAACCUGAAAUUGAAAUCCAAAGUCUCAAAAAAGUCAUGACAGCCCUUGAAGUGGCCCCAUCCUCCCAAGUCAUAAUGGCCUCGAAUGGAAGCCCUUCAGUCGCUCAAGAAAUGGCCCAAGAGGCUGAUGAAAAUUCGGUUGGACCGUGCGUGGUGCAGGCGAGCACAGAUAACAAGGAAACCGAUGUGCAAGGUUUCAGGGAAGCUGAAAUGCACCUAGACAAUAUUAAUAUCAGUGAAAUAUCGAAUAUUAGGGACAACGACUCUGCGAAAAAUGACAACGACAAUGAAAACGACCUAAAUGAAUCUAGUAAGGGAAUGCCUGCAAGCAAUGAGCCAAGAAACAGCUGUAUUGAAGAAACUUUAAAAGCACCGGAACCUGUAUCAGAUCUCAAGGAGGCUGAUGAAAUCCUGAGUCCUGUAGGCGCAUCUGAUAAAGUGCGCGCUGCCUUUGAAGGAGACGCUCCGUUGCAGUCCCCUAGCCCAGUUUUUAUUAAAAGUGCUAAAGUUCUCGAAGAGCGGUUUGAAGCUAUUGAUUCGAGACAAUUUCGUGAACAAGGUGCUUCACCUGGCGAUGAGAAAGAGCUCGAGGAGUAUGUCACGUCAUUUCUCGAAGAUCCUUCUGAACAGGAGAAAUCAAUCGCAGAGAAAGAAAAGCACGUUGUUUCAGAAUUUCACGAAAGUUUCCUUGUGGAGGAAAUGGACAAUUACAGAGAAGCUUCUGUUUGCGGAGCAAUUGUAACAGAGCCAGUAGUGUCUUGUCCAGAAAGUGAUGAGGAGCUGCCGACCUUUUUCUCGGCAAUUGCCAAUCUAACCCAAGAGGAGGAAUAUAGCAGCGUUGAAGUCACAAUCCAACAGAGUAGUGGCAGUGACAGGCAUUUGGCUAGCAGCGCGAGCCCUGAUUCCUUGCAAAAAGCUAGCAGUUUUGUUGAAGAAAGCACAAAAAGCGAAACCUCAACUGGCUCAUCGCAAAGUUUCGAUUCUCCCUUUAAAAGACGCUAUUCAGAAAGCUUUACUGACACACCACAAAAUGAUAGAAACAAGCGCACCAAAUUUUCUUUUACAGAUUUCUUCAAAGGAGGGGCUUUAGAAAACAGAGAAUCACAGCGGAAACAAAGGCUUCUCCCAAACUUUGGCGAUCAAUGGAAAACAUUGAAUUUUGUACCUCGGCUUUCACUUUGGAGGGCCCAUGACGGAGGAAAAGCAAAUAUACUCUCAAAACCUCAUGAUCUUUAUACAAAUGUCAAAUCAUCCCUUCUGGGCGUUGCAGCUAAAGCCAAGGACAGAGCUGCAUCUAAUAUCCGACACAACAUCAGACGUUUAGAAGUUCCGGAUAUUGUGUAUGAUGCUGACAUAAGCACAGAUACCGACUCCCAACAGUCAAACCCUGAAUCCGAGCAAACUGGGUCGGGAAAUGCUAAGGAGAGGGAAUCUUAUGACUGGGGUGAUUCUGAAGAACUUAGAGGUCCAGAGCUUUCUGACAGCGGCCCUCAGAAUGUGGUUGAUGAGUCGAAAAUUUUUAUAAGUGCCAAUGCGCCAGUAUCAUUUCUGAACCUCUCUCCGGCUAGUAGCUCUGAUUCUGAAUAUGAGCAUCAUGUGGGAAAAACUACCACCUGUGGCCACAAAACGGAUACCAACGCAGGUCUUGUUGUUAGCGGCUCGAUUGGGAGUGACGACAACAAAAAAGAAGAAAAAGUGGAGGGCUCUGCGUCUCUAAUAGGCUGGAUGGCCUCCGGUAGUAGUUCUGUCUCAGGGAACCCCGCGUCUUCGUCACAAAGCUCUGAUUCUACGUCCGCAGGAGAUGUUUAUUCAGCCACUCGAUUACCUGGUAAGGCUACAACGUCGGGCGGCCCCCCUUCCAACAACAGCAAUUUGCGGAAAUCACUAGAUGAUAUCUUCUCUACAGCAAGCGUCGAAAAUAUUGCACCAACUUUCGGAGACUUUUCAAGAGUGGAUUCACGUCCAGAAUUCACAAUCAGUAAUUCCAGCCCAUCCGCAGAUACUGAUUCUUUGAGUUCUUAUUCAGACACAGACACUGAGAGCACUAUAUCGCCAAGUGACGACAGUGACGACGAAGAUGACGAAGAGGAAAAGAGCGCCAAACUUAACAAAGCAUUCUAUUCCUUAUCCAGGCGCAAACUGCGUUCUCGUCCGAGUAGGAAAGGACGACAGUCCCGUAUAUAG